AUGGAGAGAGGGCGUCGUGAUUUUGGGGGUCUGGGGCCCGGCGGGGGCCGCAAAGCGCGGGGCCGGCCCCGCCUGACGGACACGGACCGCGCGCGGCGGCGGCUGGAGUCGCGCAAGAAGUACGACGUGCGGCGGGUGUACCUGGGCGAGGCGCACGGGCCCUGGGUGGAGCUGCGGCGCCGCAGCGGAUGGAGCGACGCCAAGCUGGCGGCCUACCUGCUGGGGCUGGAGCGGGGCCAGCGCGCCGGGCGGCGCGGCAAGCCCUGGGAGCAGCUCCCGAAGAAACCCAAGCGCAAGAAACGGCGCCGGCGCAACGUGAACUGCCUGCGGCACGCCGUGCUGUGGUACGAGGACCACGGGCAGCGCUGCCCGUACGAGCCGCGCCUGGCGGAGCUGGAGCCGGCGCUGGGGCUGCUCACCACGGCCGUGUGGCAGUGCGAGCGCGGGCACCGCUACUUCCAGGACCUGCACCCGCCCCUGAGGGCCCCGAGCGGCUCCGAGGGCGAGGAUGCCCCCGGCUCUUCCUCCUCCUCCUCCUCCUCCUCGUGCAGCUCGGGCUCUGAGGCCGCUCCAGCCCCGGGCGGGGGUCCCGCCGCGCCCCCCCCGCCCCCGCCCGGGGGUCCCGAGCCCCCCCCCGAGGCUCUGGAGGCCGUGCUGUGCCUGCCCCUGCCCAUCCUGAGGGGGGGCCCGGGACCCCCGCCCACCACGCUGCUGCUGCUGGGGGGGGUCCUGGGGGGGCUCCAGGAGGGGGGGCUCGGCCUGGGGGGGCUCCAGCCCGGCCCGGGGGGGCUCCAGGUGCUGCUGCAGGGAGGGGGGGGCGGCGCCUUCGCCACGCCCAGCACACCUGAGGAGGCACAGGCACAGGGCAGGACAGAGGAGGAUGAGGAGGAGGAGGAGGAGCCGCUGCUGAGGCUGAAGCAGGAGGAGCCGCCGCCCCCUCCGGAGCCCCCCCGGGACCCCUCCCCAGCCGAGGAGCCCGAGGGGUCGGCGAUCAUCUACGAGAUCCCCACGGAGCCCGAGAGGCCCCGCAGGCCCCGGCGCAGCCGAAGGGGCCGAGCCCCCUCCCCAGAGCCCCCCGAGGAGCCCCCCGGGCCCCUGAGCUGCCCCCACCCCACCUGUGGGCAGGUGUUCGGGACCCUCGGCAGCGUGCAGACUCACCUGCGCCAGGUGCACCGCCGGCCCCGUGCCCAGGUGUGCCCCCAGCCCGGCUGUGGGAGGAGCUUCCACCUGGCCAAGCACCUGCGGCGCCACACGGCCGAGCACUCAGGUGUGCGGGAGUUCACCUGCGCCACCUGUGCCAGGUCCUUCAAGCGCAGGAACCACCUGGAGGUGCACAGGAGGACGCACACGGGGGAGAGACCCCUGCAGUGCGAGGUGUGCGGGUUCCGCUGCCGCCAGCGCGCCUCCCUCACCUGGCACAUGCGGAGACACGGGGGGCUGCAGGGGCACCCCGAGCCCCGCGGCACAUAGGGACCCCCCCCGGGGCACCUGGACUCACCUGGGACCCCCCCGGGGCACCUGGACUC